AAAAGAUGCCAAUAUCUCAAGCUGAAAGGCCCUACUUUACAGCCUGGACACGGACAGGACCUUGGUGAACCCUGAACCGUGACUGGUGACAGGACAGCGACAGGUGACUGGUCAGUGGUCACUGAUGCACUGUUAGACUAUUAGUGAGGGCUGAGAGCCAUACUAUCCUGCCUAUCCAGGUCCAGGCAUGAUAAUAAAUCAAAAUAUUUUAUUCUUUCAUAUUAAAAGUCACUUAUUGUCAAUCUUGUGUGAAGUGAUCUGGUGAUGCUGAUCAUCUGAUGCAAUGGCAGAUAAAAAUACUGUGGAUACUAUUCAACUCUACAAUGAUCAGCUUGAACAAGUGAGCUUAGCUCUGCAAGCAAGUUGUCUUGAAGCAAGUGACCGGCAGCAACUAGAGCAGCUGCAACAAAACCUCAUACAGUUGCUGGAGUUGGAGUUGGAUCAGUUGCAGGCACUCAAAUCUUCCGCAUCAGACUCAGUGCAACAGCCUCCUGCUGGUAGCAACAAUCAUACAAAAACUGAAGAAGAAAUAAGAAUAGAAGAAGAAUUGGCACUUUUUAAGACGGAGAUAGAGCAAUUGGAUCCUAAACCAUCAGACUCAAAUGAAAACACCCAUACUAGUGCAAAUGAAGUUAGUGAUGAAUCUUCUAAUGAGGAUUCAUCAAGAAACCUUUCUGGUGGUUCAACUUACGAGCUUGAAGAAAUUGAUUCAAAAGAUUCUGUUUAUUCUCUAUUAAGUAGAAAUUUAUCAGAUUACAAAGGUUUUACUAAAGCAUGGACCACAGAAGAGGUGAAUAAAUUAGAAGGUGCUGCUGUGUGUGCACCAUAUACUGAAGAAUGGGGUGGACACACUUACCACAAUGCUGUUGUAAUGAGCAUUGGAAAUCCAGAUACUGGAGAACUUAACCUAGAUUAUCCAGAGGUAGUGGUGUUGUUCAGUCAGCCAACUAGCAGAGCAAUGCUACCAUGUCGCUACUUCAUGUCUGGUGUUUGCCGUUUCAACGAUGCAUGUCAAUACAGCCAUGGGAGCUUGGUUGCAGUGCACCUUCUCAGACCAUACAUGUUUCCUGACACAUCAUCCCUGGAAGUGGGAAGCAAAGUGCUGUGUCGUCACGCAUUGUCAUCAAGUGCGGACUCCAUCAUUCCACUGUGGCAUCCUGGUGUUGUGGAUGCCAUUUUGCACGCAGAUGAGGUAGUGAGUGUGCAGUGCACUCCAUGCAGUUCUGUGGUUGAGUGUGCCCUGGAUAAGAUAGUGCCCCUGCCCAGCGAGUCUCAAUCACUGCAGCUCUCGCCUUCGAAUGCCAUUCCAAUUGAACCAGGCAACAGCUCGACGUCAUUCGAGAAAGGUGAUCUUCUGUCGGAGACAUUUACUGAUGAUGAACCACCUAGUGAAUGGCUUCUGAACCCAACUGCUGUUUCUGCUCUUGGAGAGUGGGAGAAGCACACCAAAGGCAUUGGAUCCCGCCUCAUGUCCCUAAUGGGGUACGUGGCCGGAGCAGGACUCGGGCGACGACAAGAGGGCAGAGUGGAGCCUGUGCCCGCGUAUCUCUAUCCCCCUGGAGUAUCGCUGGAUCGAUGCAUGGAACUGCGUGAAAAAAGCGGCGGAGAAGAUCUUCUUCAGGUCGAAAAAAGACUCAAGAAAGAUCAACUUAGAGAGGAGAAGAGAAUAAAGCGAGAGGAAGAGAGGAUAUCUGCGAACACAUCGGUCUUCGACAUCAUCAACAAUCAACUUGCCGGGCCUGGCGCCAAGAAAGAUCGUAUGAAGGCCAGUAAAGAUUCGGUGAACGUCGAUAAAUCACACCUCAAAACAAACUCCAGCAAAGAGCUAAACUUGAAAGGGUAUCAGCUCGGUCAGAGGUCUGCACAGCUGGAGCGCGAAAUUGUUCAUCUGUCUCAGUCGAUGGCCAGACAAGCUCCUCGUGAUAAGGAGGCAGCUGGCAGCAUCCAGAAGAGAAUAGACGAGAAGAAACAAGAGCUUGAAUUGACCAAUCGAGCUCAAGCUCGGGUGUCGUCAGAGCAAAACUCUCGCCGAGAGAAGAAAAAAUACGAUAUAUUCUAAUUUUGAGGAUUGUUAGAAUUAUCAUACAUGAGCAGUAGUGUCGCAAGUUGACGUUCUAUCGCCAUAGCUGUAAUGAUUGUAUUAGCGAUUUGUUACAUAAGCAAUUUUGCCAAUAUUAUUUAUUCAAACUGCUGCUGUUAUGCUUACGGUUUAUUGCAAUUGUUCACGCAAUUUCCUAUUGUUCACUGUGAGAACCAUUGUUCACGCACUCUUCUCAUAGUCAAGCAUUGCGUAAUUACCUUUCAUUUACAGUAUAUGUAAGUAACCGUAAAGUAAUUACAUGUGUAAUAGUUUUAAUUUUAUUAUGCGAAACUAGGUGCAAAAUUUUGAAAAAUUCGCAUGGAUGAUCGUUGAGAGUGCAUAAUCACGAUGAAUACCAAUUAAUUGACAAGCGUGUCUAUCGUUUUUUAAACGAGGCUACCGCUUUUUUUGCGUAGAAAAAAUUAUUUCCUGGCUUUUUUGCAAGCCUCACAAAUUUAAACAUCGAAGCAUUAAUGGAUAAAAAAUUUUUCACAUAAUCCUCAAAAAAUAAAUGUUUUAAGCAGCUUCGGAUAUAAGGACAUUAACAGGCUCUCAAUGCUUCAGCCCUGUAAGCGGAUAUUGCCCACAACCAAAAGCUUCCAAAGUGCAGAGUAAAAAUAAUAAUUACUUGAUACUGAUGAUGUAAAAGCACAACGUCAAUCAAGUAGCAAUAUCAGUAGACCGAAACGAAGGUGUCGGUAGUGAAUUGAAUUUAACUGUCCAUACUUUGCGGAGCUCUCGUGCAGAUUUACUGCGGUGGCGUAACUUUUAAAAUUACAUAUUGUACCAAGCCGACUAAGUGUGACUGAUUGGCGACGAAUAAAUACUCGUACAAGAAAUAAUAAAAUCUGAUAAAGUUAAUGGAUUAAUAAUGCAAGUAAAUGAAAGAUAUCACGAGCUCGGGACUGCAGCAGCAGGAGCAGAUUUUUUCUUAGGCUUGACCAGGUAAUGGAAAUUUGGCAGCACCUUGUUGAGAAACUCGAGCUGCAAGGCCUGCACCUGUAAUAAAUUUUUCGUCAUACAGAAGAUCGUACUCGUAUCCAUAGAGUUGAUGGGCAGUUAAAACUAUGUAUGAGGUGCCACCAUUUGGCCGCAAGGUUUUUGUUUUCCCUUAUAUUUCUUUGCAGAAACAGGUUGCAAAUAUAUUGUGACGUGAAUGACCUUCAUGCUUAUUACAUGAAAAUUAAAUGCGAGAAAAAUCAGUGAAAGUGCUCAGAUUUUUUUUU